AUGAUCGGUAAAGGAAAGCGUGUCAUUGUGACGCAUGAAAAAGCAUGCUGCUGUUCCAUUAACUACUGGAAAGAUGAUUUUCUCCAAUGGAAUCCCAAAGAUUACGAUGGUGCAACUGAGAUUUUCCUCUCAUCAAACGAUAUUUGGAUUCCUGAAUUUUCCCUCUAUUACAGAAAAGGUCAAACUUACAGUCAUCAUUACAAUCAAGCGGUGAAAUUGCUCAGUAAUAACGAUGUUCGUGUAAAUUACACAGGUAAUGUUCGAUAUUACCUGCCUUACUCAACGGAAUCACUGUGUAAACUCGAUGUCAAAUUUUUCCCCUUCGACAUUCAACAAUGUACGCUAUUAUUUGGCUCCUGGGCUCAUUCAAACGAUUCAAUUAAGUAUGCAUUAUAUUCAAAGAAUCUUAGUUUGAUAGAUUUCUAUGAUAAUCAAGAAUGGCAAUUAGAUGCGAGUCAUAGUACUGUUGUAUCCGAUGGUUUUUUGUAUGAUUACUUGGAUCCACCACUCUUUUGGGAAAUGAUUAUUAUGGAUCUUGUUUUGGUUCGUCAAAGCUUCUACUAUGUUUUCAAUUUGGUAAUACCAAGCACUAUUAUUACUCUUGUAGCAGUUAUUGGAUUUCAUACUCCAAGCACAAGCGGGAAAAUGAGAGAUGCUAAAUUCCGUCUUGGCAUAAUGACGUUGAUGAGUAUGAGCGUGAUAUUACUUGCUAUUGUAGAAGAUAUGCCAAAAUUUAGCAUGUCAAGUAGUCGAAGAGGACGUGGUUCAUUUUCUGGGAUUCCGUUAAUCGGUCUGUACUAUUUUAUAUUGUUGGCAAUAAUUGGCUCAUCGACGGUUACUACAUCUAUGUUCAUUUUCCUUGAAAAAGAUUUAAGGCACAAGAACCAAAUACCAUGGUAUCUACAUUGGUUGUCAUUCGAUAUUAAUGCUGGAUUUAAUGAUGCAGUUCCUUCACGUGCGGUUAUCGUAGACCCGAUUCUUGGUGGAAGUAAUAUGACGAUGGAUUGGGAUAAUGCACUCGCACAGCAGGUGCAUAAUCAGUCAUGGGAGUGCUUGAUUACGGCAGUAAGAAAUAUCGAAAAAUCUGUUAAUGCAAUAAGAGAAGAGAUGACACAUCUGAUGCCAUCUGAUGACCUAGAAAGUAAAUGGCGACGAGUGAUUAGACGUCUAGAAAUUAUUUCUUUGUCAUUUUACGUCUCCCUACUGGCUGGCACCGCGUUUCUUUUUUUCUACCACGAUUGGUACUGUGUAAUCGGACAUAGUCCUUGUGGUCAAGCGAAUCUCAAAUGCCCUUGGAUGAAAACUACUUUCACACAUCAGACAUGUUUCUAA